CCCCUCACACACAGCAGUAUGUCAGCCUGAGUGAGGAUGUCGCAGAGCGAUACAUUGUUGCACCUCUUUGCCGGCGGGUGUGGAGGGACAGUGGGAGCCAUUGUCACGUGCCCAUUGGAAGUGAUCAAGACCAGACUCCAGUCUUCUGGUCUGACGCUCCGUCAAGUCUACAUUCCACAGGUCAACCUCAACACAAUCAAUGGACCGGGUGUUGUUCGUCCCACGCGGGUCGCACCAGGACUUUUCCAGGUUCUAAAAAUGAUCCUGGAAAAAGAGGGGCCAAGGUCGCUUUUCAGAGGUCUGGGACCCAACCUAAUUGGGGUUGCUCCAUCCAGGGCAAUCUACUUUGCAGCCUACUCCAAAGCCAAGGAGCAUUGCAACACGGUCUUCGUGCCACACUCUAAUUUAGUCCACAUGUGUUCUGCUGGAUUUGCAAGCUUCAUCACAAACACAUUGAUGAACCCUAUCUGGCUGGUCAAAACCAGAAUGCAGCUGGAGAGCAGAAAACGGAGCGAGAAGGUGAUGAACGCUUUCCAGUGCGCAAAGCACGUUUAUCGAGCCGAAGGUUUCAAGGGCUUUUACAGGGGCUUGACAGCCUCCUACGCUGGGAUCUCUGAGACUAUGAUUCAUUUUGUCACGUACGAAGCCAUAAAGAAACACUUGGAGAAAUCGAGGUUCAACUCGCGAGAGACGGAUAAAACGGCCUCAGACUUUCUAGGACUGAUGCUCGCUGCUGGCUUUUCAAAGACUUGUGCAUCUUGUGCUGCUUACCCCCACGAGGUGAUAAGGACGCGAUUACGGGAGGAAGGCACAAAGUACAAGACGUUCUUGCAAACCGCGAGGGUUGUGGCAAUGGAGGAAGGUUACAGUGCCUUCUACAGGGGUUUACAAGCCCAGUUGAUUCGCCAGAUUCCAAACACUGCCAUCAUGAUGACAACGUACGAGGUGAUCAUCUACGUCUUUGGGCACCACUGACAAUGAUCCCCCCACAAAACGGGGAAUCCCUUUCUGCUCCUCGGCCAACCCCGAGGAUUCCCCCCCUCCUCCCCCCCAAAACGUGAAGAUGGGGGGGAAAGAAAGUGUAGGAAAUUGCCAACUGAAUGGUAAAUCCUGUGUGUGUUUGUGUGUGGAGCCUGACAUGGAACUUCUGGGAAGGGAAACUUGCCGUCUCGAGAAUGCCAGCCCGUAAAGUCGUAUCAGGCAUCGAUCCCCUUGACCCUCUUUCCCCCACCCCCACCACCCGCCUUCCCCCCAUUAUUUAUUUUAACACUGGACAAAAAUAAAAGCCAACCUUGCGUCUUUAAUUUGUCGAACCGGUACUUGGAAUUUGUUGUGGCCUUUUGAAAACUUCAGGAAGCCGUCGGAAGCGAGCAAGCACGAGCCUGCGUGUAUAUACUUGUAUGUAAUGUAUAUGGUUUACCGUAGAUACGUUUGGGCAAUAAAAUAUUUCUACUAAAUGCAAUAUUCGCUACAGUUGGCGGUUGAGCAACGGUUGAUUUACGCGCAGGGCAGGCAGUGUGGCAAUCGAGACCGUUUCUGCCUGUUUUUCGGGUGUUCUUUCACAACUCUUGAGGGUAUAUAAAAAAUAAACCUCGGAAAUAACA